AUGAGCAGAGACUUCCAUCACCCGUAUCGGCCGUACGAUAUCCAGGUCCAGUUGAUGGACCGUAUCUAUGACCUGCUCAAUUCAUCAAAAAAAAUUGGGAUCUUCGAGAGUCCUACAGGAACUGGUAAGACGCUCUCUUUGAUCUGCAGUACAGUUACAUGGUUACGUGAACAUAAGUUGGAGAAGCUCGGUAGUGUUAGGGACCGACAUUCCGAUGAGAGCAGUUCGGACUUUUCGUCAGACGAUGACGACGAUAAUGAGCCAGAAUGGGUCAACCAGUUCUAUAAUGACAAGAUCUUGAAAGAUAAGGUCCAGGUGCUACAGCAGUAUGAAGAUUAUCUGGAUACCCUUUCCAAUGGGAAAGUCCAGGUAUCCCUUAGAGAAUUAGGCACAUUUGGUGGGAAGAAUAAGAAACGGAAAAGGGCGGCUGGGUCUGUCCAUGUCGACAUGAAGAUCGGCAACGGGUCUAGUUCGGAAAACGAUGACGGGUCGCAGUUUCUUCCGGAACCCUACGAGAUUGGUGGAGCGGGAGAACAAGUUACAGACAAGAAAUCACAAUUGAACGAUGAGAUCCAAGAACUUCUUGCCAAAAUAGGCGAUAGGGACGAUCCAAACGCUGAUAAAUAUGAUCAGAAUCUAGAUCUACAUUCCCCAUUGAAAAUAUUUUUUGCCUCAAGAACCCAUUCCCAAUUGACGCAAUUUGCUUCACAAUUGACACUCCCAUCUUUUCCUCCGUCUUCGACUUUAUUGGAUAAGGAGCGCAUCAAAUUCUUACCACUUGCAUCUAGAAAACAACUCUGUAUUCACGAAAAAGUAUCGAGAUCAAGACCAGACUUAAUCAACGAUUCAUGUGCUGAAACGGUAAAAAAAAAAGAAUGCCAGUUCUACACAAACUCCAAGGAUAAGAUCACUUCAAGAGAGUUUCGUGAUCAUACGUUCUCACAGAUACACGAUAUUGAAGAUUUGGUACAGCUGGGAAAAACUUUCCAUACAUGUCCAUACUACUCAUCAAGGGAUACUUUAGAUGGAGCCGAAAUUGUCACACUUCCAUAUCAACAUUUACUAUCGCUGGAAGUUCGCCAAUCAUUGGGUAUUGACUUGAAGGAUAGUAUUGUUAUAAUAGAUGAAGCGCAUAAUUUGAUAGACACCAUUAGAUCUAUUUACAGCUGUGAAGUGUCACUAUCCGAAAUCGACAGUUGUCUGAAGGCCAUCAAGAUAUAUUUUGCAAAAUUUAAAAAGAGGCUAAACAGUGGUAAUCGAGUUAGUCUCUUAAAACUCAUGAAGCUCUUAGAAGUGCUUAAAUCAUUUAUAGAAAAAUAUUUUUCUGAGGGAAAGGAGGUUUUACCGCAAGAGAUAUUCCACAAUAACAAUAUUGAUCUUUUGAAUAUACAUGAACUAACAAACUACAUGAAAAAAUCCAAGAUAGCCUAUAAGAUUGAUAGUUAUACUGAUUGGGUUUCAAAGCCAGAAAAUUCUGACCAGACAACUCCUAGUCAACCGAUCCUUUUUAAAAUCUCACAAUUCAUUAUGUCUCUUUCAAAUCUAUCAGUUGAAGGUAAGUUUUACUUUAGAGAAGGAAAGAUGAUUAGGUACAUGCUAUUAGAACCACAGGAGAUUUUCAAGUCUAUUGUUCAAGACAGCAAAUGUGUUAUUCUUGCCGGAGGAACAAUGCAGCCUGUAAGUGAUAUAACAGAGUCGCUAUUCCCAUAUAUUCCAUCUGAUGAGAUCGUACAAUUUUCCUGCGACCAUAUUAUUCCAGAUUCUAAUCUAGACACAUUUUUAGUUACUGAUGGUUUCAAUUUCAAUCACGAAAACAGAAACAAAGAAUCAAAUAUGGUAGGCCUUUAUGAAUUCUUUUUGGAAAUUGGCAAGAGGGUACCUGAUGGUGUCGUUGCAUUUUUCCCCAGUUACGGUUAUCUCGAACAAGUCGUGAAUUUCUGGAAAUCAAAGGGUAUGUACCAGAGGUUAAAUUCUUUGAAAAAGAUUUUUUAUGAGACGAAAGGUGGUAACGAUAUUCUCCCGGGCUAUACAGAUGCGAUAUCUGAACGUAAUUCUGGUGCGCUUUUACUUUCAGUCGUUGGAGGGAAACUUUCAGAAGGAAUUAAUUUUCAAGACGAAUUAGCUAGAGCAGUUGUUAUGGUUGGUUUGCCAUAUCCCAAUACAUUUAGUAGUGAAAUGAUUGUUCAAAGGAGACAUCAUGAAAAUAAAGUGUUAUCUAAUGGCGGUUCGGAGCAAGAUGCACACAGAGUAACCAAGGAAUUUUACGAGAAUAUAUGCAUGAAAGCAGUUAAUCAAAGUGUUGGCAGAGCCAUCAGACAUGCAAAAGAUUAUGCGUGCAUUUUUCUCAUCGAUAACCGCUAUCUAAAUAAUAGCAUACAACAAAAACUAUCGCACUGGGUUCGGAAAAGAAUAAUGCAUCAGAAAAAGACAGAAGACAUACUCGAAGAGACUUCUUCUUUCUUUGUCCAAAAAAGAUAA